UCCGUUGUUUGCGUCGCCUCGUGUGCGCUCGGUGCCGGACGAGCCAGGUCGGGACGGCAGCGCCCCGCAUUAGGAGCAACGCGAAACCCUGUUGAAAGUUUUAGAUGGUCACUAGUGGUCAUCGUAGACUAUUGGCUACACCAAGUCGUGGUGGGAUUUUUCGCGGGAUGAGAGCCAUCACCGACGGCGCGCACUGGGCAGAUCCAGGGCGCCGGUAACAGCGCGCACCCACUGGGAGCAGCGGCGGGGGGGCAGACGGACCAGCUGACGGCCGGGUCGGUCCCCUCCUGCGGACAAAGCGAGUGACCCGACCGAUGAUUAACUCGGCAGGACGUUUCCCCCGAGAGCCAAGAUGAUCGCGGAGUUUUUCCCCCUGAAGAAGCUGCGGCGCAACAGCAAAUACCUCCUGUUCGGGGCGAUCCUGCUGAUCGGAGUCGUGGCCGUCUACCAUGAGAUGGUUGCAGCAAAAGCAUGGAGCGUUGGUACCAGUAUGAAUCCCGAUGCUGAUGGCAGCAGCUGGAGGAGAGCCAUGUUUAACGAAGGGGUCAGAAGGGACCGUCGCCCAGACUCUGAGGAGGAUUCAGCUGCUUGGAGAUCCAGCCACACUCCACAAACCUGGAAACCAGAGUACAAGGGACAGGCCAAUCUGCACGUCUUUGAGGACUGGUGUGGCAGUUCUGUAGCUGACCUCUACAAGAACAUGCACUACCCGCUGUAUCCUCAUUCCAGGACUACAGUGCAGAAGCUGGCCGUCUCUCCUCAGUGGACCAACUACGGGCUCAGGAUAUUUGGUUAUCUGCAUCCAUACACUGAUGGAGACUUUGUGUUUGCUUUGAGCUCUGACGACAACUCUGAACUUUGGCUCAGCGCAGAUGACUCUCCCCUCAACGUGCACUUGUUGGCGUGGGUUGGAAAGACUGGCUUGGAGUGGACAGCCCCCGGUGAGUUUGAGAAGUAUGCCAGUCAGACCUCCAGACCGGUUUGGCUGUCUGCUCAGAGGAGGUACUUUUUUGAAGUUAUCCACAAGCAAAACGACAGAGGGACCGAUCAUGUGGAGGUGGCAUGGCAGCUCCUGGACCAAGGCUUUAGGUUCAUGGUUAUUGAAUCCAAGCACAUCUCCCUCUAUGUUAAUGAGUCUGCCUUGCUACUGAGUGAUGUUGCCCACAUACCACAGACGGCUGCAAGCCACCAACGCACCCCCACAAAACAGCAUGGUGCCACAGCAGACAUGCUGAGGGAAGAUCCGCGAGAUGCUCUCUACCAAGUGCCUUUGAUAAACAGCAGGUUCCUGCAAGGUGUUCUGCCUGAUUGCUCAUACAAGCCCAGCUACUUAAUCAAAGACUUUCCUCUGCUCCGCUACCAAGGACUGCAGUUUGUUCACAUGUCCUACAUCUACCCCAAUGACUACACCCGACUCACACACAUGGAGACCGAGAGCAGCUGCUUCUACCACGAGAGCCCCUACUACAUGAAGAUGUUUGGGUUCUCUAGAUACAUGAGGCUGGACCGUCCUGAUGUGCAGGGAAAAGCUAAAGCAGGCAGAGAUUCUGGCUUCCAGAGGAGGAACCCAGUGGUCGGUGAGGAGGACGAGUUUGACAAUGAAGCCUAUCAAAGAGAAAGGGGAGCCAGGCUGGACCAGAAAAAUAAUGCAAUUUUUCCAGACUAUGGUGAUGAUUUUGAUGAUUACACUCAGAAACGCAAGCGCAAACUCUUCUCCUUAGUCACGCAAGAAGCUAACAACAUGCUGAAGAACACCUCUGACACGGGACUGCACAUAGAUGAGUUGGAGAAAAAGCAAGGGAAAGACGGUGUCCCGCAGCCUCAGCCGGAGUCAAAGAGACCAGUUGAGUCUCUGCCGUCAGUUCCAACGCAAGCUUCAAAACAUCACCUGCGCCUGAAACAGAACCGGACAGUGUCCAGCCUCGAUGGCCGGGUUAAAAGUGUAGAGCAGAUAAAACCAAAAGGAAAAUUAAAACAAGCAAAGAGACAAAAGCUCAGGCCAGUAGAGACAGCUGUGAGACCAGGACAGAGAAAUCCAGCAAUGCCAGUGGACAGAGAGCAGCUUAAAGCAAAGGAACGACCAGAGCAGCUCAGGUCCAAACAGCAUCAGAUCCAGAGGUCUCGGAAAAUAAACCAAACCCAAAUCCAGACACUCAAAGACUCAAAGCUUCAACCCUUAGAGAGAGUUCCUCUGCACGAAAAACCUACAGUGGCCAAGCAGUGGAGGGUUGAAACCAAAAACAAGCGUCUGACCACUCCCAGGAGAGACCGCCCUUUUUUAAGGCUAAAUCCGAGGGACACAGAUACCAGAAAACACCUCAGGGAUAAGGAGAUAGAGAUGAAUAUGCCUCUACAGCUGGAUCUAGAAAAUAAAAUCCAAAAAGCGAAGAUGAUCGCCAGAGGUAAAAUGGACAAAAAGCAGUCAGAUACAGCCAGAGAGGAGCACCAAGCAGGGGAGGAAGACAUGCUGAACAGGAGAAAAACGAGGGCGGGGGAGAGAGACUCUCUUUGGGGACCAGGAGAAGACUUGGAAGGUAUGGAUGACGAAGACCUUACCCCUGCGCCGGUGUUUGACCCUGAGGUCAACUGGAGCCAGACCUUCCAGGUCAGCCACCUGGACAUCCAGGCACAGCGACUAGAUUGGAUCGACCUGCACUGCAACAUCUCAGGCAACCUGCUGCUCCACUCCAGUGACACUGUGCCCGUGGUCAAGGCUUUCAUGGACCAACUCAACGAAAAGCACCACGGGCGGUUCACGUUGGUGCGUGUGGUUAAUGUGGUGAAGCGCGUGGACGGCAUCCAGGGCAGCCGCUACCUCCUGGAGCUGGAGCUGAAAGAUGUGAAUGGCCAGCUGCUGCGCCUUUCGCACUACAUCUACACUCUGAUUCGCCAGAGUAGGCAACGCCGCAAGGACUUAGGACAACGGCAGAAACCUCAGCUGGUGCUGUGUAAUCCGGUGGGCUUCCGCUGGAAUCCGGUCGCCACCGUCCACUUCAUAGUACCGGUGAAGAACCAGGCUCGGUGGGUGCUGCAGCUGAUCGCUGACAUGGAGCAACUGUUCAGAGACACUCGAGACACCAACUUCAACCUCAUCAUCACUGACUACAACAGCACCGACAUGGACGUGAGGAAGGCCCUACAGAAAUCCUCGCUCCCCAGGUACGAGUACAUAAAGCUGAGCGGGAACUUUGAGCGCUCUGCUGGUCUGCAAGCUGGUGUCGACCUCAUAAAUGAUGACCACAGCAUCGUGUUUCUUUGUGACCUCCACAUCCACUUCCCUCCCUCCAUCAUCGACACCAUCAGGAAGCACUGUGUGGAGGGAUACAUGGCCUUCGCUCCGAUAGUGCUGAGACUGGACUGCGGGGCCACGCCAAUAGAGGCCAGAGGUUACUGGGAGGUCAAUGGCUUCGGCCUGCUGGGAAUCUAUAAGUCAGACCUGGACGCAGUGGGAGGAAUGAACACCAGGGAAUUCACGGAUCGCUGGGGAGGAGAAGACUGGGAGCUCCUCGACAGGAUCCUCCAGGCGGGACUGGAGGUGGAGAGGAUCUUCUUAAGGAACUUCUUCCACCACUAUCACUCCAAACGUGGCAUGUGGAACCGUCGGAAGUCGCCCAGCCACAGGUGACCUUGCUUCCUGCCGCUGUGCCGUGACCACGGUCGCCACGGUUACAACCACGGCAACCAGAGCACUUUAAGGCCGGAGUGUGACUCCUGCCGCAUAUCGGUAACACCUGCUGACCGACAGGGAGGGUGACAUAGGAUGCUGACGUAGGAUCGGAUACUGUCCUCUGUGGAACGGCAACUCACGAGUGGCAGCAGCGACGGUCGUUGCUAAGGAGAUACUACUGAUAAGCUCAGAGUUUUAUUUCACUGGAUGUACGCUUGACUACUAAAAGGGUACUGGCCAAUGGGUGCCACUGAUAUUACAUAUGAAGAUACUGAUGUGCAUCGUGAUAAGCUGGCUGGCUGCACAAAACCAACUUGAUUUAAAUGACAGCUCACACUCCAAGGAUGUAUACUGCACACACAAAUGUCCUGUACAUCAUAAAGACCACAAGCCUUGCACAUGAGUCUUAACUGAAGAAAAAAAACUGUUUUGAUUGUUUGUGACAAAAUGAAAUAUAUAUAUUUGACUGUAGACUGUGCAUAUGGUCAGCACAGCCUUACUUGUCCUGUUGUAAGUUAUGGAAAACUUUAUAUUUAUUAUAUGAGUGUUUGUAGGAUUUAUUUUUACUUUUUUUGAUUCGAGUUUAAUGUUAUGUCCAGAAACAGUCGACAACAUUUCCGUGUACCUCAGUUUAGCGCCCUUCCCUGUGUGUUCUCAUUCAUAUUAAUUGUGCCUUCCGUUGUGACUGUUAUUCAGGUACUGGGUCCACAGGGGGCUGUUUUGACAGACAGGUCAGGAAAGGCCUUAAACUGGAAGAUGUCCUUUAAGAGAUUUUCAUCGUUGUGGCAUUUAGUUCUAUCAGAGAUUGAAAAACUGCAUUGCUCAGUGCAUCAUAGACAAACAGUAAUCAAAUAUCAGCAGACUGAAACAAUGCAUUAUUGUGACAGUUUUGAAUAUGUGCACUGCCACUUACCAAAGAUAAAAAAUUGAAAGCUGAGUAGCUGUUUUCCAAACAGCAGGCUUUUGAAAAUGUCUGUGUAAAUAUAGCAUUAAGGGCAGUUUUAGUCAAUAACUACUUUUAAAAUAUAAUUUAUGUCCAUGCUGCCAUCUCAUGAGAUUUUUACUGAUCUACCUGCUGAAAUUGAUGAGAGGAAUAAUUGUUUUGAUGAUUCUUCUGAUUAUGAAUUGUUCUUUAUUUGUUGCCUCAGUCUAUAAAGCUUCCUAUUUUGGGAAAUAUUGUUUUCUUUGUCAGCACAGUAAAUAGAGACAGGAAAUGUAGUGGUUGAAAACUGAUCUUGUGUAUUUAUCAUAGUGUUUUCUUGUUAUUUAAGAUGAGACUAAUGGCAGCAUUUUCUGAUUGCUCACAUUCCGGUUUAACAAACUCGUCGUGCCUUUCUUAGUCUUUUGAGUUUGUUACACGUUGAACCAUUACACUCGUCACAUAAAAACACAACACACUCAGGCUUGGUUGGUGGUUUUGGUUUCUAAUGCUGCCAAGUACUGUGUGGUAUCUGUUUUCCCUUGUCAUCCUUUACUUCUACUCAUCUCUCACUUUGUUGUUUUUAGAUAUACCUCAUCCCUCUCUUUGUGCCGAGAGUUAACCUCUGCCUUAUUUGUAUGGUUCUGGAGUCUUUUCUCUCAGGGACAGGUUUUUUUUCACUUUACACUGCCUUGACAAAUCUGAGGAAUAAAUUUCUUUUGUCUUGA